AUGCCAGCCGCCACCAGUUCCGCCACGGUCAUUCCCGUAAUCGACGUCGCGUCACCCACGACUGAGGCGGCCAAGAAACUGCUCGAGGCUGCUUCCACUCAUGGCUUCAUCUUUGUCAGCAACUACCGCAACAUCCUACCACCUGAGCACGUCCGAGCGGUCUUCGAAUUGGGCAAGAACCAAGGCUGGGUGGGCAUGCACACCGAGACCCUAGACCCCAAGAGUCAAAAGCGCGGUGACUUCAAGGAGGCCUUCAACAUUGGUGAAUACACGCCCUCCAACCAGGCCCCGCAGCCACUGCCCGCGCCCCUAGCGCCACAUGAAUCUCAGCUUGGUGACUUUCAGGCCCGGUGCCAUGCCCUCUGCAACCACUUGCUCCGCCUCUUCGGCCUCGCUCUCCGCAUUCCAGCUUCUGAAGGCGGCGAAUCCUGGUUUGCGACACGGCACGACAGAUCCGCGGGCCCGUCCGGCUCAAUCCUCCGCCUGCUGUACUACCCGGCGCUGCCGCCCAUUGACAGCACCGACAUCCGCGCCGGCGCCCACUCCGACUACGGCAGCGUCACGCUACUCUUCCAGCAGCCGCGGGGCCAGCCUGGGCUUGAGAUCCUGACGCCCGAGGGAGCGUGGGCACCCGUUCCCGUCAACCCAACAGGCGACGAGGCGCAGCCGCCCGUGCUCGUGAACAUCGGGGACCUGCUGAGUUACUGGACCGACGGGCUCCUGAAGAGCACGGUGCACCGGGUUGUGUUUCCGCGGGAGGAUGCAGGUGGAGUGGGAGACGAUAGGUAUAGCAUCGCGUACUUCUGCCACCCCGUGGACGAUGCGAAACUGGUCCCGGUGCCGAGCGACGUGGUGAAGGAGAAGGGUGGGAAGGAGGGUGCGGGUGAGAGGGCCACGGUGCUGACGGCCAAGGAUCACUUGCUGGAACGGCUUGCAGCAACCUACUGA